GUGGGAAACGUAGGCUCAAAGAAGAAACCGCUCCUAGAGUGAAAAAAGCGUGGAUGGAUCAAAUGAAAACACUAGGAUUUAUCGAAAUCGAUUCGGCAUUCUCCCGCAAAAUUGUAUGGUACUAUCUCAAAAAUAUCGGUAAUAUCUACAACUACAGACAAUCUCUCCGUUCAAUCAAACCCACACUUAUAGACCUACUCAAAACAAUUAUACAAUAAAACCCGUUUAAAUUCAAUUUGAAACUAGAGUCGACGUACUACAAACCACAAGUAGAUAAUUCCACCGUAAAUAGAGCGUUCAAGACCUCAGCCAGGCCAAUUUUCCCCGAUACCGAUAUAAAAGACGAUAGUAAAUUAAAAGUUCACUAAAUUAUUGACAAUGUAAAAAAUGUUAUAUUAUUAUACAAAAGAAUUAUAAUAUUAAUCGAAAAAUUAUUUUUUCAGGGAUACGCGAUGGAUUUAUACAAGCUAGUAUGCAGUACGCGAACAAUCUAACGGUGGAAGACUACGACAAAAUGAAAGAAGAUUCAUGGAUUAUAUACCAGGACUGUAAGUAUACAUAUUAUUUAAAUAUAUAUAUAUCAGUCACAUUUUAUAAUUUUUUGUAUUUUUCUGUUUAUUAAAAGGAUAAUUUUGACAGUAACCAGUGGAAUUUCAUUCAUCACUUAA